AUGCUGGACAAGUUGCCAUUGGAGAUUUUCUGUAUGAUAAAUGCGAAGGUGGAUAUAAUUGGAAGAGCCAGUCUUCGGAAAGUGUCCAAAACGCUUCGCAAAAACAUGCUCCACUCGAGAGCGCAUCACGAAGAUGUACAGCUGGAUCUGACCAAAAAACGCAUCACACUCACUGUGGAUUCUCUCAAAAUUACUUGGAGAUGGCUUUGUCGCUCCACAGAAUUGAAAGUAGAUGGAAGAAAAUGGAAAACUCGUCCUAUGAACUUCAUCGAAUCUUCAACAAAUGGAUAUGGGAAUUCUUUUUUCCUCACGGAAUACAACAAUUAA